AAGCCUCGCAGCGAUCUCUCACAUAUCAAAUCCCUCCCUUCCUGAUACCAUUGCAUAUUUCCAAGCCUCCUAGCGAUCUCUCACAUAUCAAAUCCCUCCCUUCUUUCCGUCCCUACAUCCCAAAAGGAGAAAUCAAGAACCAAAAUCCCUCCCUUGAUUCCACCCAGACAUCCCAAAAAGAGAAAGCAAGAACCAAAAUCCCUCCCUCCAUACAUCCCAAAAGAGAAAGCAAGAGCCAAAAUCUCUCCCUUCAUCCCAUCCGUACAUCCCAAAAGGAGAAAGCAAGAACCAAAAUCCAUCCCAAAAGUAGAAAUCAAGAACCAAAAUCCCUCCCUUCUUCCCAUCCAUACAUCCCAAAAUUAGAAAGAAAGAAACAAAAAAAAAAAUAAAAAAUAAAAAAUGGCUGAUUCACUGGUCUCAUUUGCAAUAGAGAAAUUGGACAAAAUUCUUGAAGAUGAGGUGGCUUCACUGCUUGGUGUCACCAAAGAGCUCAGAAAGCUUUCCAGUGCAUUCACCUCCAUCAAGGCUGUCCUUGAAGAUGCCGAGACUCAACAUCUGAAAGAACAAUCCGUGAAAGAUUGGCUAAAGAAGCUCAAAGAUGUGGCUUAUGACAUCGAUGACAUACUAGACGAGUGGACUACGGAAUCCUUCCCAUCACAAGACGAUGAAGGUGAUGAAUCUCUUUCUUGCAAUAAAAAGGUGCAGAACUUCCUUUCACCUUUUUCUUGUUUCGGUCACGUUGCAUUUCGCCAUAAACUUGCGAACAGAAUAAAGGAUACAUGGGAAAGGUUAGAAGAGAUUGACAGCCAAAAGAACAGAUUUCAAUUUAAAAUUGGUAAUGCAGAGAGAACGGAUGAAAUCGAAGGGCGAGAAACAGGCUCCCAAGUAGACGAAUCAGCCACUGUUGGAAGGGGUGAUGAUAAAAAUGAAAUAUUGAGGAUGUUGCUAAAUGAAACUAGUGAUGUGGUAAACGAGGUGCCUACCGUCAUUUCUAUCUUUGGAAUGGGGGGGUUGGGCAAGACCACCCUUGCUCAACUCGCCUACAAUGAUGAUGAAGUCGAGAGGCAUUUCAAUGUGAAAAUGUGGGUUUGUGUUUCCGACGUUUUUGAUGUAAAACGGAUUACAAAAUUAAUGAUAGAAUCUGCCACAAAGUCUCCUUGUAAUCUUGAAGGCUUGGACCCGUUGCAAAGUUGCCUCCGUGAAAUCUUGCAUGGAAAGCUAUUCUUGCUUGUUCUCGACGACGUUUGGAGCAAUGACAGCGAGAAGUGGGACAAGCUGAGAGUUCCCUUUCAAGCUGGUGCACCUGGGAGUCGAAUCAUCGUGACCACUCGUUUAGAAGAUGUUGCAUGGACGACGGGAAGCUCUUACAUACACAAACUUCUGGCGUUAUCUGAUGAAGAAUGCUGGUCAUUGUUCAACCGUAGAGCGCUCGAGCAUCGGAUUGCAGAAGAGCGUUUGGAGCUAGAAGCGAUUGGAAGGGAAAUUGUAAAGAAGUGUGGAGGGGUGCCUCUUGCAGCAAAGACGAUAGGGAGUGCCAUGCGCUCAAGAAAGACAAGAAGGGAGUGGGAGGUUGUCUUGGGUAGUGAGAUAUGGAAUUCAGGCGAUGUCUUAGGAGACAUGUUACCAGCUUUGUUGCUAAGUUACCAAGACUUGUCUCCUGCUCUGAAGCAGUGCUUCGCAUAUUGCUCUGUUUUUCCAAAAGAUUGGGAGAUAGAGAAGGAUAUGAUAGUCAAGUUAUGGGCAGCACAAGGUUUCAUCCAUUCUAAGGAAGGUGAAGAGAUCGAGGAUAUUGGUGGGCGUUAUUUUGAUGAUUUAUUAAGACGCUCGUUGCUUCAAGAUGCAGAAUUUAACUAUGACAGGAACAUAGUCGGUGGUUGCAAGAUGCAUGAUUUAGUUCAUGAUCUUGCACAAUUUGUAUUAGGAGGUGACUGUUCAACGGUGGAGAUCAGAAAACAAGCCUCUUCGAACCUAAACAAUAUCCGCCAUUCUUUUUUUAUUUUCAGUGAUGAAGCUUGUGAAGUGGCUUCCAUUUCGGCCACCUUAUAUAAGGCCCAAAAGUUGCGGACGUUGCUACGAGACCCAAGAAUCUCCAGUGUUCCACGGAAUUUAUUUCAUCAUUUGAGAUACCUUAGGGCAUUGGACUUGAGUCACGCUCGCAGUCAGAACUUGUCUCGAACAAUAGGACAGUUGAAACACCUGAGAUAUCUUGAUUUUUCUUUCGCAGACAUAGUGGAGCUGCCAGAGGAGGUGAGUAAUUGCAGAAAUUUACAGACCUUGAGACUCAGUAACUGUUACAGGCUAGAAAAACUUCCUAGAGGGUUGACAAAAAUGAAUAACCUCAGACAUCUAGAAAUAGAAGGCACUAACAUGCUGAAGUACUUACCGCAGGGUAUAGGGAGAUUAACUGGCCUUCGGACAUUAACAGAGUUCACUGUGGGAGGUGGUGACGAAGGAUGUAAUUGCAGAGAACUGAAAUACCUCAAUCACCUUCAAGGAAGUCUUCUAAUUAAAAACGUGGAAAAAGUCAGGAGCAGGGACGAAGCUAGGGAGGCAGAACUGCAUAAGAAGCAGCACCUUCAUGCUCUAACCUUGAAAUACGGAUAUGAUGGACGAUUGGAUGAUGAUGAGGACGUGCUUGAAAUCCUCAAGCCCCACACAAACUUGAAGGAGUUUAUAAUAUGGUAUUACAAAGGUUCCAAGCUUCCCAAGUGGAUAGAGGAUCCGGUGUUCUCUAAUCUAGUCAAGGUCGAACUCAUAUGCUGUAAGGGGUGUAAACAACUGCCAGGUCUUGGGAAACUACCGUCCCUUAAAUAUCUUGAAGUAGUGUCAAUGAAGGAGGUGAGAUACGUGGGUGGCGAGUUUAGUGGGGAUACUAACAAUGAUGGAAGUGGUGGUGUUGUCUCAUUCCCCAAGCUGGAGACCCUCAGCUUCGGAGGCAUGCCAAAUUGGGAGGAGUGGGAAUUGAGAGAGGGAGAUGGACAGGUUAUGCCAUCACUUGUAGAAAUAAGCGUAAAAUGGUGCCCAAAGUUAAAGGCUUUACCACACAACCUUCCACCUGAGCUCCUCCAGAGGCUGAGUUUAGGCAUAAGUAAUGAUGGGAUGUCAUCAGAAGCACCCUUACCCAUCUUCCCAAACCUUAACCAUUUGGAGAUUUGGGGUAAUGAUGAGCUGACAUCACUACCUGGUGGUUGGUUGGGACAACUCAAAGCCCUCCAAACUCUGGAAAUCUACAAUUGUAACCGGAUGGAGUCUCUACCAGAGGAGUUGCAACACCUCACCAAGCUUCAACAAUUGAAGAUCAGAUCCUGUCGAGUCUUAGAAGAGCGCUAUGGAGAUGGAGGAGAAGAUCGGGACAAGAUUGCCAACAUCCCGAGUAUCAAAAUUGGUUGGUAUUAGACGAUUCACCCCAAUAAGAGGAAGUGGAGAGGAAAUAAACGACAGCUUAUCUUUUUCAUUUGUUUCCAGGAAUUGGGUUGAUUCUGUGUGUAACUGCUCUACUUUUUUAAUUGUUUCGGAGGUCAGGUUCUUUGCUCCCCUCCAUCCCAUGUAAUUUUUAUUCAAUACGGAUAGUUUGUAUUGAAGGCACUGGAAAUUACAGUGCCGUCCCUUGUCAUUGUUCUACGUCAUUUCUGAUUACUCAAGCUAACAAGAUACGCAC